AUGUUUUCUUUUCUAGUUAAUAUUCCUGCUAAUGCUAAAUGGUCACAGAACGGAGUGACUGUUGCUGGGGGUAAUGGGGCUGGGGUUGCCACUAAUCAACUCUACUGGCCUUGGUCCCUUUCCGUUGAUGAUGAUCAAACAAUGUUUAUUUCUGAGCACGGGAAUAGUCGUAUCAUGGAAUGGAAGAGUGGUGCGACGAAUGGACAAGUUGUUACUAGUGGUACAAGCACAAUAAACACAUUAAAUACAAUCGACGUACCAAGUGAUAUAUUAAUUGACAAAGAGACGGAUAGUCUCAUUAUUUGUGAUAAGGGGAAUUUCAGAGUUGUACAAUGGUCUCGUCGUAGCGGCACAACAGAAGGUAAAUUACUCUUCGACAAUGUCGAUUGUUGGGGAUUAGCAAUGGAUAAACAGAGAAAUCUCUACGUCGGUGACGGCGGAAAAAAGGAAUUAAGACGGUAUCGAUUGGGUGAGAAGAAUGGCACUCUCAUAGCUGGUAAUAAUGGGGUGGACCUUGGACUCGAUCAACUAAAGGAAGUGGCAAGUCUCUCUGUCGAUCAACAUCGUUCAGUGUACAUAUCACAGUUCUGGUCUGAUCGUGUAAUAAAAUGGGUUGAAGGUGCAAAAGAAGGUAUUGUGGUUGCUGGGGGACAAGGCACAGGAAGUUCUCUGGCACAAUUGGAUAAACCUCUUGGGAUCUUCGUCGAUGCAUUGGGUACACUCUAUAUAGCAGACAUGUUUAAUCAUCGUAUAAUGCGUUGGACUCAAGGAGCAAAAGUAGGCACUGUAAUUGCAGGUGGAAAUGGUGUAGGAGCAGAAGCAAAUCAGUUCUUCACCCCGUAUGGUUUGACUUUCGAUCGACAAGGCAAUCUCUAUGUCGCCGAUACGCGUAAUAAUCGUAUUCAACGAUUUUCUAUCGAAAAAGACUAA